GGGAAUAGAUGCAGAAAGCUUAACGUGCCUGUCAGCCUGCACUGUCCGAGCGCACCGAGUGGGAGGCGGCAACCACCACCGACAAUCACACAGAGACUCCCUCAUAGUUGUUAGCUGUUUGUUCUGAUCGGAGGAAGACAUCAAGGAGUCGCAGGGAAAACAAUGGAAAGUGAAAGCAAGAGGAAGAUGAAGGAGAGAUUUGCCCUGAGGCGGGACAUCUUUAAGGAAUUCCUGGCAGAAUUUCUGGGGAUAUUUGUCCUGAUACUCUUUGGAUGUGGUUCAGUGGCCCAGACGGUGCUGAGUAAAGGGGCUCUCGGGGAGCCCUUGACUAUCCACAUUGGUUUCACUCUGGGAGUCAUGAUGGCCGUCUUCAUGGCAGGGGGAGUCUCAGGAGCCCAUGUGAACCCUGCAGUCUCUCUGGCUAUGGUGAUCCUGGGGAAGCUUCCUCUGAAGAAGUUCCCUGUGUAUGUGGUGGCACAAUUCCUGGGGGCUUUUGCUGGAUCCUGUGCUGUCUACGUGUUGUAUUAUGAUGCUUUGAUGGAAUAUACCAAUGGAGAAUUUGCUGUUACUGGUGCAAAUGCCACGGCCAACAUAUUUGCAUCUUAUCCAGCAAAACAUCUCUCAGUUCUUAAUGGGUUUGUUGAUCAGGUAAUUGCAACUGCUGCACUGAUCCUGUGCAUCCUGGCCAUCACUGAUAGGAGGAAUAUUGGUGCUCCAAAGGGCAUGGAGCCUUUGUGCAUCGGCCUGAUCAUCAUGGCCAUCGGAGUGUCCAUGGGUCUGAACUGCGGCUAUCCAAUCAACCCGGCACGAGACCUUGGCCCACGUUUCUUCACGGCUGUAGCUGGGUGGGGGAUGGACGUAUUCAGAGCUGGAGGUUGCUGGUGGUGGAUCCCUGUGGCAGGGCCAAUGGUAGGCGGAGCUGUAGGAGCAGGUGUUUACUUCCUCUGCAUUGAGUUGCACCAUCCCGAGCCUGAAAAACAGGAGAACAACAUCCAGGACAAAUAUGAAAUGAUAACUAUGAGUUAAAAUUUAGAACAAGGGUAGCAGUGCAAAGCAACGAUGCAUCUGAUUUUUUUUACCCUCAAAAGACAAAAUAUUCAUCUAGAUGAAGCAGUUUUAUACAUUUGUUCUAUAAAAUUCAGAGAAAACUUGCUGUUCAUAUUUAAUACAAAGCAUGCAUCUGACUACACAAUAGUCAUUUAUAAAAUAUGCAUGACUGUUUUAUGAAGCCUUUAAAGUCUCUUUUUGUAGAAAGUCUGGCCUAUUUAUAGAUUCACAGUUUUUACUGCCAGCUCUUAAAUACGUCAAAAUAUUAAAGUUGCUUGUUAAAUAUAUUUUCUUUAAACAUCAAGAAUUUCCUUGAAUUCCAUGAAAUCCAAACCUACUACAGACAGUUUUCUCUGCAUUGUAGACAUGCAGUAUUCUUCAUCGUCUCCUAUCUUAACUAGGAUCUUCUUCUCUCAUUAGAAGUAUUU